CAUGCCCUCCAUUUUCGGUGUGUGAGAACUUUCCCGGAAGUUUUGACUGUCAGUGCGCACAAGGCUUCUACAAUCAAAGUGGCCAAUGCAUGGAUAUCGACGAGUGUCAAGACCCAGUGACCUACCCUUGCCAGCAGCAUGCGGUUUGUGAAAAUCUUCGGGGCAUUUACCUGUGCACGUGUCUACAGGGCUUUGUACCCCAGGGAGGUGCAUGCCAAGAUGUCAAUGAGUGCAUCAUGUCGUCUGUGUGCCCUGCACUAUCUGAGUGUCAAAACACUGAGGGAAACUAUUCCUGUGUCUGUCAAAGAGAACUGUUCCAGAUCGACCCCUACACCUGCACAGAGGCAAAGACUUUUGAGCUGAUAUUUCCUUCUACUCUUGAAGCAGACAACCUGACACUUCAGGUUGACGCUGAACUAAGGCUCAACCUUUCAAGUCAGUUUCUGGGGAUCACCCUCAGCUCGGGGAGCCGACGACUAUUCUUGCGAUUGUCAACAAAUUAUUCCGGAGGAACCCUUGUCUUGAAGAAUGCUCUUAGUCCCUUGUUUGACCAAAUCAGCUUUAACUACACACUGGUCAAUCAGACCAGCUUGGACAUUGUGGACGUUGAUGAGUGCAAAGAGGUCAACUGGACGGACUGUUCAACAAACGGAUCUUCUUGCAAGAACACUGUUGGUGGCUACACCUGUGAAUGCAGCCCGGGUUUUGUGGAUUACUUUGAUAGCAAACGCCCAGGGCGACUAUGUCUGGCAAUUGACAACAAUCAUCAACAACCAAUCAAGGGCCUAGCCAUGACAGUUAAGUCUAUGUCUCAAAUCACAUCACCAAAUUCUAAAUAUCAAGUUGGCGACAAGGUGGUUUUCACACUGAGCAUGACAGAGGGGUCUCACGUGAAAUUUCGCAUUCAAUUUGGCGACGGGGGUGCGGACAGCUUGGUUCAUCCCAAUAUCAUUUCCUACCUGUCAUCGGUGAGUCUCAACUAUACUUACGAGCGCAGUGGAGUGUGGACGGCAGUAGUGAACGCAAGCAAUGCGGUCAGUUACAUGAUGGCGUCAACGAACGUCAAGAUUAUUGAACCCGUUAGAAACCUUAUUUUGAACACCACAGAAAUUUCUCAGUCUCCUGCGUCAACAUAUUUGUUUACGGUGGCCUUAAAAACCACGAACUUAACUUUGGAAGAUGUUGCUUGCAAGUUUGACUUUGGCGACGGGCAGUCAGAAACCCGUUCACAAGAUUCGUUGACACAGACAAAAUCAAUCUCAACGACGCAUGGCUACAACAUCGGAAUCUUUGACAUAACUGUCGUGUGCAGCAACAACAUCAGCGCCCAGUCUUUGAACACGACCGCCAAAGCCGAAGAGGUUAUUAGCGGUCUGAAGGUUUUACCAGCACGUUAUACGUCAACUGCCGCAGGCUCCAAUAUUGUCCUGAGGGUGGACCUUGGAGACGGCCGGCAGGAAACGUACACCUUGGGGAACAACAGACGCGGGUCGUCCGUGAUACAGAUGCCGGUCAAGUACUCUCAGGUAGGCCGCUACUCUGUGUCGCUCUCGGCCGAAAAUCUGUUGAGUCGUGCCACGGUCGCCUUAACUAAUCGGAUCCGUGUUCUAAAUAUAGUCAAGGACCUGGUGUUGGUGGCUCCCGGCCCAGUAGCCUACCCGCCUGGCAGGGCAAACCUCGCUGUCGUGUAUAGUCUGACCAGCUCUCCACCUAGCGACGUGUCAUGUGAGAUCAUCGCCGAGUUCCUGUUUUCGUCUGUUUACACCACCAGCGAGAUCAGCGUGGGGAACAACCUGACCUUGCCCUUGACCUUCACUGAUGUCUCGGCCGUGGGUGUCAACUCCGUGACUGUCAACUGCUCUAACCCGCUGAGCUAUCAGGUGCUGCAAGCGGACGUCCUAGUGCAGGCGGUGGUGGAGGAAGUCGCUGUAAGGGUCAACCAGACGUACAUCAUGGUCAAAGGGGCCGUCGACGUCAACAUAUCUGUCGGCUUUGGCAGCCACGCACAGUACAUUCUCGAUUUCGGUGACGGGUCCAACUUCAGUGGGGUGUUCGUGCCCACAGUGGUGGAGAAAAAAGUCCUGACCAUCCGUCACGCCUUCGAAUGGGCGGGACUAUAUACUGUUACCCUCAGUGUUUUCAACCGCGUGUCCAGCUCUGUAGCGAGAGCCAUGGUCGGGGCGCUGGAGGAAGUGACGGAUGUGAGCUUGUCGGCAUGGUACCAGCCUUUGGACAAUAAUGACACCUUGCGAGGUGGGCACGGUUCUGCUGGCGAUGUCUUCCCCUUGGAGAGGGAAAUCAUUCUCGUAGCUGCACUGGGUUCGGGCAACGACAUCACCUACACAUGGUCGUUGGGGGACGGGGGACCACCGGUCAGCACUAGAGACAAGCUGCUGCGGCACACGUUUCGCAGUGUGGGACGUUACCUGGUCUCCGUCAACGCCAGCAACGCCUUAUUCUACGGCACAGCCAACACCGUUGUGACGAUUCACCAGACAGUGCUGAUGCAUACACUCACCAAUAACGGACCGACAGACGCCUAUCGAACCAUCCGCUUCACACUAACGCUUGCACGACUCGGCACCGACACCUGCUUCGUCUGGAACAUGGGCGACGGCUCGGAGGACUACGUCUUCGGCGAAAGCCACUGCGCCAAGUACACCAACACCUCGGUGGACAAGUUCUCAAAAAUCCCUAGCACCCUGCAGGUCAUCCAAGAUCACAUGUACCGCACCAACGAUACCUUCUAUGUUAAAGUGCUUGCCAAGAAUCUGGUCUCAGAGGGCGUGAUUAACAAUAUUGCCGUUAUCUCGGGAGUUAGUUGUCACUAUCCGCAGGUCCACAUUGCUGGUGGGGGUCAGCAGAUUGACAAACCGGUUACACGCCUCAAGUCCCAAUGGAUCUCCAUCGAGAGCACAGUUGACAUUAAUUGUCAGGUUACACAGCAAGCAGAUUACUUUUGGAAGACUGAAAGAGUUCUUACGGGGAACAAUUUUCUGGACUUCAAAUUUGAGGUCGUCUCUGUGGACAGCAUUUCAGCUGGUCUGUUCAAAAUCCUUUACACUGCUGGAGUCUUUGAACUAGGAACAUACAGAAUAAGCUUGAAUGUGUCUAUGAAGGGCAUCCCUGGGCUUUUCCAGUCCCACUUCACAUAUCUUCUCAUUAAUCCUACCCCACUCGUGGCGUACAUUCGGGGAGGAGCUUCCAGAAUAGUCGGCUACGACAAAGUGUUCUUUUUGGACGCCAUCAGCGACAGCUACGACCCAGACCAGCGAGACCUCAAGGAUAAAACCGGCCUCGCUUUCCAAUGGUAUUGCCAAAGAGCAGGAGAAACCCUUCCCGACAACCCUCCUGUGAUUGUUAUACCCACAAAUGUGUCACAGGUAGAUUUCAGGGGCCAAGGGGGAUGCUUUGGAACAGGACCAGGGAAGUUACCUGUUGGGUUAUCGGGGUAUUUGCAGGCUAACUCCUUCUUUCUCCAGUUUAAGUCAGUAAACGUGUUCACCGUGGAAGUGAGGAAGGACAAUCGAUUAUCUACAUAUGUUCAGGCCGUGACUGUCGUCGAUGGAGACCCACCUCAGCUAAAUAUAGAGUGCGUGAUCAACUGCAACAGCAAAGUGAAUCCUUCAGGGGAGUUCACUCUUCUGGUCAGGUGUCUGCAAUGCCGACCUACAGACAGGAUCACUUUCCAGUGGUCGCUUUUUCUGGAGAGCAAGGACGGCGCUUUGACUUCUGUAGCUAUACCAGACAAUGCUACCCCUACAGGUCUAAGCUCACCAGGGAUUUCAUUCAAACCUUCGUAUCUUAAAGGGGGACUGACUUACAGAUUAAGGGUAGAUGGUGUUCGAGAUGGGUACGCACCUGGGUAUACGGAGUACGUAUUUGUCACCAACCUUCCACCGUACGGAGGAAACUGCUGGAUCUUCCCACAAGAAGGAUUCGCUCUAGACACGCUUUUUGUCAUCAACUGUUCUGGAUGGCUAAACCCUGGAGAAGAAAGCUCUUCUGGGCGAGGACUUAUUUACAGGUUCUAUCUCUCCCCCGGUCAAUCCAAUCAGCUUCUUUACUAUGGCACUGACCCUUUCACACCGGAGAGUAAGCUGCUAGGACUAGAGGACAAAAACUUUCGUUAUGACGUCACGGUGCGAAUAGCCAAUCCCAUUGGCGAGUACAUUCAGCAAGUAAUCACUGUCAAGGUCACGCGGCCUACCGUCAUGAAAAGUGUGGACAGUUUGUUGAACCUGACACUAGGGGGGACAAGCCGGCUGUCGAUGUUUCUCGCUACCGGCCGAGAGCAGGAAGCUAAGCAGAUGAUUGUUGCCCUUGCAUCGCUUCUCAAUACAGAGGUCGUGGCCAGAAGUCCAACUACCACUGCAGCAACAACCACAAGAUCAACACCAGUAACAACACAAGCAACAGCGUUCGUAACGCAGAGAGCAGUCAACAUCACAGGCACAUUCCCGGUUCCAGCGACUAGCCCCAUUUCCUUAUCGUCGACAACAGCGACGACAUCUGCAGGAACCUGUCACCACCACAGUCGCUGGUGGCAGAAGUAUGUCUACUACGACCACAGCGCAAACCUCGACAGACUGAGAACCGAAGUGGUGAAGUCGUUAGCCAAAACAACAGCCUUGACCUUGGACUCUCUUCAGCAGACAGCGCGAGCUGUGAAGGUCAUCACGGACCAGACUGAUGAGAUAUCGGAGGAAUGUCAAAGAGUCACUGUUGGAACAAUGGCAGACAUAACUGUCUCCUUCAGUAGUAUGGUUGCCGAGGAAAGAACACAGUCCAUAGAGCAGGAGAUGAACACAGCUGGAGACAUCGUGGCCACUCUGGGCAACGUCCUUCUCGCAGCCACUAAAGGGGUGACUGUCCAAGAUAUUUUAAUCCUGUCUUUGAAAGAUGCGAGCACAGAUGGUUUGGCAAGCGUCUCUACCAUGCCGACGAACAUCACCACGUGGAGCACCUCUCCAAACUCCAGAGGACCAUCAUCCGGUGUUUCGUUGCUAGCCUCGUCAUCUGUAGCUGCGCCAACGAGCACUACUGAACAGCCUACUCUGAACAAACGGGAACAGGUGCGAUUGCUGACGCAGCAGACGAUGGCGUUGGCAGACGUAGUUGCGAAGACGGUGCUGCAGCGUCAGGUGCCCGGAGCGCCUCCUGUGGUCUUGUCCAGCCGUCUCUUCACCGUGACAGUUGCUCGCAACAGUUUGUCUACCUUCAACAACAGCGUCACUCCUCACAAUGGUUCAUUUGUAUUUCCUUCAGCCGAGAACUUCCUCGUCGACAAUGCAACUUCCUUUCUAGAUACUCAGUUUGUCACCACGAACAAAAACCCCUACAUCUGGGAUGCCAGUGCAAAGGAAGUGACAUCACCAGUUCUGAGCAUGAAAGUGUACGACGAGCUCGGCACCAAUAUUAACGUGUCAGACCUCAGCCAACCUAUCAAAAUCGAGAUCACGACGGGGGCGACAGGUACCGUGCCCGUCAGCGUGAUCCCCUUUCUAACAGGUGAUGCAGAUCUGUAUUACCAUGUCAUUGACCCCCAGUGGAACAUGACUGAAGCCCUGAGCAUUGACCUCAAGCCUUUGGACCGUCACGUGACUUUGGAAGCCUUCUUUAAGUGGGGGUCGUCACCAACAGCAACGGAUUACGACUUUUAUCGCAGGUUACAAUGGUUAAAGCUACUGGCGAGUAAUUUUAUCCUUUUAUCAAUUAAAUCUUCGCCAGUGAACGUCAGCCUGGAAGAACCUGAUUACACCGACUACUACUUAGACCUUGACACGGCGGGGGUCAGGAACGAGUCCCUCCCGCCCUACAGCGUCACCUUCUUCACCAGCUCGUGCCGCUUCUGGAACGAGAGGCAAGAGACGUGGUCCUCCGACGGGUGCGAGGUGUCUGCCAAGUCUACAGCAGAAGUCACUCAGUGUCUAUGCUCGCAUCUGACUUCUUUCGCUUCUGGUGUGUUCGUUGCACCAAAUGCAAUCCACUUUGACACAGUCUUCGUAAGUCUAGACAAUAAGAUUUCCGACAACUUUUCUGUCCUGGUGACACUGUGCUUGACCUUUGGAGUCUACAUCGUUGGUCUAGUGUGGGCUCGUCGCAUGGAUCGGAAAGACGUGGAAAAGUGGGGAGCAACUCCUCUGGCGGAUAACGUCAUGACCGACAAGUACUUUUAUAAACUGACAGUCUUCACGGGCAUGCGCAGAGGUGCGGGUACAAGGUCAAGGGUCAGCUUCAUCUUAGCUGGAGACUACUCUGAUACUGGCGUUAGACAACUCGUGGACGAAACAGGAAAAAAGACUUUGAGUCGAGGAAGCAUCAAUCAGUAUAUUUUAGGAGUUCCAGACACUGGUUCAUUAAUGUAUCUUAGGCUCUGGCAUGACAGUUCUGGAAAGGGAAGACACCAAGGGUGGUAUCUCAACAAAGUUAUCGUUACUGAUCUCCAGAAUGGAACUAGUUACAUCUUCUUGUGUAACCGCUGGCUGGCGGUGGAAGAGGACGACGGGAAGGUGGAUCGGAUGUUACCGGUGGCCGGUCGCGAGGACCUGAUCGACUUCAACCACCUUUUCUUCACAGAGACAAGGAGGUCGCUGAGUGACAACCACCUAUGGCUGUCCGUCUUCUCGCGCCCGAGGAGGUCUUCCUUCUCCCGCGUCCAGCGGCUCUCGUGCAUCCUGUGCUUGCUUCUGGCCACCAUGAUGGCUGACGCAAUGUUCUAUCAAGCAGGCGGAGACCCAGAUACAGCUUCAGGUGCCCUGGAGAUAGGCCCGAUAAAGGUGACUCUACGGGAGCUGUAUGUCAGCUUUGUCAGCAGCCUUAUCAUCUUGCCUCUCAACGUCGUCAUCGACCAGCUGUUCCGACGAAGCAGACCGAGGGACCGCAAGACCGCCGCCGCAAUGGCUAUGGAAGGACAGCUCAGUGGACCUCCGGCAUCCCUGUCCGAGGCCAGCGCAGGACCCGACGUGUCGAACCUGUUCCGUGUGUCGGCAAGUCGACAAGAAUUUUCAUCCACACCAUUUCCUGAAAACGAACCUGGAAAUUCGAGCAUGACAAGCGUGGCCGCACCUCCAGAGGAGGCCCAAGAACAGCAAGAAUAUAGAAAAGACAGCAUGAUGAAACAGUCACAGAAGAAUCCCGAUGUUAAGGUGCCGUCAAGUGGUAGCAAGUUCAUGCUGCCUCACGCAUGCGUGUACCUGGCCUGGAUGCUGGUGGCUGCGGUCAGUGGAGUGUCCGCUUUCAUCAUCUUCUCCUACAGCAUGGAGUGGGGCCGUGACAAGUCCAUUGCCUGGCUCCUGGCUAUGUUUCUUUCCGUUGGGCAGUCUGUCACCUUGAUCCAACCAGUUAAGAUCCUUUUACAAGCAUUGCUGAUAGCGUGGGCUUGCAAGUCGCCGACUGACCGCGACACCGACAUUGAGGUGGAGGAGGUGCUGGACGCGUCACAAGUGCACCUGAUGCCUGAGGAGAUCAUGGAGUACAUGCCGAAAAUGGCCCGCCGCCCACAUCUUAGUGUCCCUCCACCUGACCCGGAGGUUCUCAACACCUGUCGAGAAAGGAGACUGAAAGAGCUGGCAAUGCAGAGGUUGACAGUUGAAAUUUUUGCUUAUUUGACGUACCUCUUUCUGCUCACGGUUAUUGCUCGGAAUAAUAGCGAUAUCUACAGGUUCCUAUGGACAAACAACAUACAGAACUUCCUGAAUUCUGGUCCUACCGCUGUUGAAGAGGUGCGCCAGGUGGAAGAUUUCUGGACAUGGACACAGAUGGCGAUGGUACCCUUCCUCUAUGCUGAGACCGACUUCCACGGCCAGCCCCUGUCCGAUGGAAACGGCCUUAUAGUGUCUUCCCUCGAUGCUUACAGGGUAGGGCCGGUCCGACUGAGACAACACCGAGUCACUAAAGACACGUGCCUCAUUUCGCAGCCGUUCAGUCCGAGCGAAGUCUCCUGCACGCAGUCGUGGAGCUGGGAAUCGGAGGACACAGCCGCGUACUCAGUAGGAUGGAAGACCCUGAGACAAGAUUUCAUGGAAGAAAUGAACUCCCCUUGGACACACAGAGACUGGACAGAAACAGACGGCCUUCCAUAUGUAGGUGACAUUAGCGCCUAUCCCCCUGGUGGCUAUAUCAAAGACCUGGUCGGCAAGAAGGAGCGAGUAUCAGGGUUUCUGAGUGAAAUGCAGUCAUUCCAAUGGCUGGACAAGUACACGCGGUCAGUUUUUGUCGAAUUUAUCUUGUACAAUCCAAACGUGAACCUUUUCGCCUGUGUGACAGUCGUCUUUGAGACCCCGGUCACCGGGUCACUCCAAGGAAAGAUCGUUGUCUCACCAUUUCGACUGUAUUCAGACACUGGGGGCUACGGGGUGGUGGUGAUAAUCUGCGAGACCCUGGCCAUCAUCUGGACAAUAUACUUUCUGCAGCGCGAAGGGAGAAAAGGGCAAGAGCGCUCUGUCUACAUCAGAAAGUUCUGGAACUGGAUAGAGCUGGGAACUUUGUUGGGGUCAGUGACUGCUAUCGUCAUGUACGUGGGGCGCCAUCUAUUGACCAUAACAGCCAUGAAGAAGGUCAAGUCUCUUAAAGGCAAGUACUACAAUUUCCAGCGUCUGGCCCUGUGGAACGAGCUGUUCAGCUAUGUACUGGCCUUUGUAACAUUUCUGGCAGUGCUGAAGACUCUGCACCUGCUGAGGUUCAAUCGCCGCCUGUCCAUGUUGGGCACCACCUUGCUCCGUGCAGCCAAGGACCUCUUCUCCUUCUCCAUCGUCUUCACUCUCGUCGUCCUCUCCUUCACUGCCUUCGGUUUCCUGCUGUUUUGCUCUCUGAUCCCCGACUACAGCACAUUCAUCAAAUCUUUAGAGACGCUUCUUGCGGUUUCUCUAGGCCAAAGUCAGUUUCAAAUUCUGCAGGAAGCCAACUUUGUGAUCGGGCCUGUGUUUUGCUUUCUGUAUAUUUUCUUCGUCUUCUUCGUGCUCCUCAACAUGUUUGUCACCAUCCUGAGUGAGACGUUCUCCGCCGUUCGCCAGGACGUGACGCAGCAGAGCAACGACUACGAGAUCCUGGAGUUCAUGUGGAGCAGGUUCUGGGAGUGGGUGGGACAACGCCAUUCAAGCUCUCAAGUGGCAGCAAAGAUACCUACAUAAGCAGAGACGACAAAGCGGAGACCUCAGUCAGACACCCACGUGACAGCUUCGAUGACAUCAGCACGGGGCCUCUAACUACGAUGUCUAUUCUCAACCUUAUGCUUCGGCACCUGGAGACCGAUUUUGAUGGCCUGAGCGAUGGUCCUCCCCGCAAUGUCAGUUCUGUGCUGAAGAUUGUCCCUGGGUACCCAUCCUUCUAUGCAGACGACAAUUUCUCACUUUACGACUCGAUGGAGGUGACUUCAGACGACGAGAAAAAAGAAGCAUAGACAUCUUGAUUGAGCAUCUUUCAAACAUGCAGGGUCAAACGGUGGAAUUUUGCUACAGCCGGCUGAUGUGAAAGUUUCAUUUUAUAUACCUUUAGUACCAGUGAAUUUAUAACUUCACUGUAUAUGAUCCUUAAGAUCCAGUGGUGCACAAAUUUUAAAUGACUGAACGAAUAUAAGGGUAAGGUACUAUUUCCUCAGAUCUUGGUAUAUACCCACUUAUGUUCUCAAAAUACACCCCUACAAAGUUGACCAUACACAGAAAAAAGUGGACACACACAUCAGGAUUUCACAAGAAUAUGUUUAAGUUGUCAAGAUUACAACCGGUGGAAGGGAUAUUUGGAAACAUGUUAAUUAAGUUUGUGUGUGUACAUAGUGGACUUCACGAGUGUACUUUGACUAAUAUUUAAAAUAUUUCUUUUUUAAUCUUUUGAUUAGGUUGUAGAAUAGCUGUCGUUACAACCUGUUGCCAUUUGCCUUUGAAUGUACAUAGAGGCGGCGUUAGCAGUACGCGGGGCCCUACGCCAGUGUCAAAUAAUAAUAAAUGCAGAAUCUAGAUAAUAGCUAGGUGAUGCAAAGGACUAAUAUAUUGUUUAGGUCACUUACAAUCAAUAAAGGAGUAGUACGGAAAAACAAUACUUUAAUUAAGUUAACUUUGAAAGUGAUAGAGCUGGAAUUUUUUUUGAAAGUUUUUGCAGCUUUCACUCUCAAUGGGCCAAAAUAAUCGCAAACCAUAAUUGCAUUCAUUACAGGAAGAAAUUAUCCGUUCAGAGUAAAUGUCAGUUACAUAGGUCUCCAAUUCUAGAAGCAGUUAGCAUAUUUAGUUUUAGAGCUGAGCAGAAACGAGAGGAAAAGCAGCUGUCAAAAGCUCAAAGCUUCGGACAAAAUAAAGCUGUGAAAAUGGAGAAAUCAACUUUCCCCUCUUCAUCGUAAACUUUGGCAAAACAAAACUUACGAGGUUCACAAAGAAGCCAAAUAUUUAUAUUACAAGUUACACGCAUAGUGAAGCAAAGUAUUUUCCAGGAACUGUUAGUUGAAAAAAAACGAAAAAAGAGAUCGAUUUAUGAUACUUAGAAAAAUUCCUCAUUGAAAACCAAGUAAAGAGUAUUAGUAAGCUAGAUUUAAAACAUUAUUUACAAAAGAGGAAUGAACAGCAUUUUUCUAUGCUCAGAAAACAACUUUUAAAAUACCAUCUAAUUACUUUUCGUCUUUGUCGAUCGAAGUUUAAACCUGCAUUAAUCUUCUUUUGCUUAGUGGUUGUUUUUUUAAAGUGUAGUGUAUAUAUGGUGAGAAUCUUACGGUUAGUGCUUACAAACUGACAUCAAGUGUUUAAACUGUUAUAGUCUUUCAAUGGAUGUGAAAGGUUUUCAAGGGCUUCUCUUGAGUAAAGCUCUGUUUGAGUAAAGCUGAGUAAAG